CCAGCCUCCCCUCCUGUCCCCUCCCCCUGGACGGGCCCUGUGCACUCAAGUGUGUGUGUCACACUCUCUGGGGGCAAGGGAACGAUAGUAGAGUGUAUGAGUGUGUGUGUAAGAGAGACAGAGAGAAAGAGAGAAAAGCGGAGAGGGAGUGGAGGGCCAACAGGCAUGCCGGCCAAGAUCAUCACCUGUGGAGCUGAUGCUGUCACUAGUUUUCUGCGGGCGGCUCGUUCUGGUAACAUGGACAAGGCCCUCGACCAUAUAAAGAACGGCAUAGACAUCAACACAGCCAAUCAGAAUGGUCUCAACGGGUUGCAUCUGGCCUCUAAAGAAGGCCACGUUAAAAUGGUGCUGGAGUUACUACAUGGAGGCAUCGAUGUGGAAACCCAGACUAAGAAAGGCAACACAGCUCUGCACAUUGCUGCCCUGGCUGGGCAGGAGCAAGUGGUGGCAGAGCUGGUAAAUUACGGGGCCAACAUCAAUGCCCAGUCCCAGAAGGGCUUCACUCCGCUCUACAUGGCCUCACAAGAGAAUCAUCUAGAAGUUGUGAAGUUCCUUUUGGAGAACGGGGCCAAUCAAAGCCUUCCCACUGAGGAUGGCUUUACCCCUCUCGCCGUGGCUCUUCAGCAGGGACAUGAGAACGUUGUGGCCCUGCUCAUCAAUUACGGCACCAAGGGCAAAGUUCGCCUCCCCGCACUGCACAUAGCAGCGCGGAACGAUGACACGCGCACAGCUGCUGUGCUUCUACAGAACGACCCCAACGCAGACGUCCUGAGCAAGACAGGCUUCACACCGCUUCAUAUCGCUGCACACUACGAGAACCUGAGCGUAGCCCAACUGUUGCUCAACAGAGGAGCCAAUGUCAACUUCACCCCUAAGAAUGGCAUCACACCUUUGCACAUCGCAUCCAGGAGGGGGAAUGUGAUCAUGGUACGACUCCUGCUGGACCGAGGGGCACAGAUUGAUGCCAAGACCAAGGAUGAGUUGACUCCACUGCACUGUGCAGCCAGGAACGGACACGUGAGGAUCAUUGAGAUCCUACUGGACCAAGGGGCUCCCAUCCAGGCCAAGACCAAGAACGGCCUGUCUCCCAUCCACAUGUCAGCACAGGGGGACCACAUGGACUGUGUGAGGCAACUAAUGCAAUACAAUGCUGCAAUUGAUGACAUCACACUGGACCACCUGACCCCCCUGCAUGUGGCGGCCCACUGUGGGCACCACCGCAUGGCCAAAGUGCUGCUGGACAAGGGAGCCAAACCCAACUCCCGUGCACUGAAUGGUUUCACUCCACUUCACAUCGCCUGCAAGAAGAACCAUAUGCGCGUGAUGGACCUCUUGCUGAAACACUCUGCUUCCCUAGAGGCUGUGACGGAGUCUGGCCUUACCCCUUUACAUGUGGCCUCGUUCAUGGGCCACCGCAAAAUAGUCACCAUCCUGGUACAGAAGGGAGCUUCUCCCAGUGCUUCCAAUGUGAAAGUGGAGACUCCUCUCCACAUGGCAUGUAGAGCAGGACACUAUGAGGUGGCAGAGUUCUUACUGACCAAUGCAGCACCAGUAGACGCCAAGGCCAAGGAUGACCAGACACCACUCCACUGUGCGUGUCGGAUGGGCCACAAGGAGCUGGUUAAGCUGCUGCUGGAGCACAAGGCCAACCCCAACUCCACCACCACAGCCGGACACACACCCCUCCACAUCGCUGCCCGCGAGGGACACGCUCAGACCACACGCAUCUUACUGGACAUGGAGGCCCAGCAGACCAAGAUGACCAAGAAAGGCUUCACUCCUCUCCAUGUGGCUCAACAAUAUUGGCAAGUGGACGUGGCAGAGCUGCUGCUGGAGAGAGGGGGCAACCCUAACGCUGCUGGCAAGAAUGGUCUGACUUCUCUUCAUGUGGCUGUCCAUCAUGACAACCUGGACGUGGUUAACCUGCUGGUCAGCAAGGGAGGCUCCCCACAUAGUGCAGCUAGGAAUGGCUACACCCCUCUCCACAUAGCAUCGAAGCAGAACCAGGUGGAGGUUGCUAGCAGCCUGCUGCAGUACGGUGCCUCGGCCAACGCCGAGUCCCUCCAGGGGGUCACGCCCCUCCACCUGGCUGCUCAGGAGGGCCGGCCUGACAUGGUCGCCCUGCUCAUCUCCAAACAGGCCAACGUCAACCUGGGGAACAAGAGUGGACUGACUCCUCUCCACCUGGUGGCACAGGAAGGCCAUGUGGGCAUCGCUGACAUCCUGGCUAAGCAGGGGGCAUCAGUGUAUGCUGCCACACGGAUGGGAUACACCCCUCUCCAUGUUGCCUGUCACUAUGGCAAUGUAAAGAUGGUGAAGUUCCUCCUGCAGCAGCAGGCCAAUGUCAACAGCAAGACUAAGGUCGGUUACACUGCCCUGCACCAGGCAGCCCAACAGGGCCACACAGACAUCGUUACCUUACUGCUCAAACAUGGAUCCCAGCCGAACGAGGUCGCUACUAACGGUACGUCAGCCCUGUCUAUCGCCAAGCGGUUGGGGUACAUCUCUGUAAUCGACGUUCUCAAACUGGUUACCGAGGAGACGGUUUCCAUGACCACCACAGAGAAACACCGGAUGAGUUUCCCAGAAACAGUGGAUGAGAUAUUGGACGUAUCAGAGGAUGAAGGAAUUACACAGCUAACUAUAG